GGAGUCGAGAAAUUUGGGACUUAGUGUCUCUGGUCGCCGAAUGACCGGGUUUCUUGGGGAGUCCGCCUUCAGUGAAGACCCUGUGGCCAGCCAUCUGGGUUCUCCGAGGGUUUUGGCGCCUCCCUUGUCUCUCCUUUGUAGUGUCAUUUGUCUUCUGACUCUUCCUCGCUCUGUCCUGGGUUCCAGAGAUAAACCGUGAGCCUAACUGUGGGCAGCUGUUCCUCCUUUCCUUGUGGUUUUCUUAGAUGUUGCAGGCAAGACCCUUUCCCCUGAUCUAUCGCAUCCAUUUGAUCCCUCCUCAUGCCAGUGCUCUGUCGGCCCUGUUUCUCCUCGUUUAAAAAAUAAAAAAAGGGAAAUAAUAAUAACUGGAUCCUCACUAUGUCUCUGUUCUCAUUCCUAGCCUCUUUCUCCCUUUUUGGUGUUUGUUACUGCUUCAAGCCAUAACACACUACCUUGCAUAUAUUAAUGCCUUUCCGUCUAAAUAUUAACGUUCAUUCACUUUAUUUGGUUCCCGCUCACCGUGAACUCUCCCAACCCUACUCGCAUCUAAGGGCUUUUGAGGUUGGAGGUGUAGAAUAAAUUCUUACAUAUGAUGACUAUGUUCAUAUGUGAGAACCUUCAGCGGUCAACUCAGCAUCACUGCUUAUUGAGUUUAUAUAUCUUACGAUUUCUUUGGCUUACCUUUUCGUUUUGUAUUGGUUAUUUACCCACAUGGGGCUCACUGCUACCCUAUAGUUGGAGAAGAAUACCUCGUCUUACAUCUUUUUAUAUCCAAAUUACUUAGGAGUUUUCUUACAUUUUCCUGCUUGGACCAUAUGUCCUCAGUGGGUUUUUGGCAAUGAUUUUGUGUCAGUUGAUGGCAGAAAGAGACAAGGGAAUGAUCUUUCUUGCUUGCUUGUGACUUGUAAUUAGAUUAUGAACCAUUGAGAGUACCCAGACGGAUUGGAAAGGCUUUGAAAGUCAGUAUAAAAGAUUAAACUCUACAGAAGAAUGCAAUCAAGUGAUGGCUUUUCCUUUAGAAUUUGAAUAUGGAGGCUACAGGAACAGAUGAAGUUGACAAGCUAAAAACUAAAUUUAUAUCUGCUUGGAACAACAUGAAAUAUAGUUGGGUGUUGAAAACAAAGACGUAUUUUAGUAGAAAUUCUCCUGUAUUAUUGCUUGGAAAAUGUUACCAUUUUAAAUAUGAAGAUGAAGAUAAAACCUUAUCUGCAGGAUCGGGAUGUACAAUAGAGGAUCACGUAAUUGCAGGAAAUGUAGAAGAAUUUCGUAAAGAUUUCAUUUCUAGAAUAUGGCUGACCUACAGGGAAGAAUUCCCUCAAAUAGAAGGCUCAGCUUUGACAACAGACUGUGGGUGGGGCUGCACAUUGAGAACUGGUCAGAUGCUCUUGGCUCAAGGACUCAUACUACACUUUCUUGGUAGAGCUUGGACCUGGCCUGAUGCUUUGAAUAUUGAAAAUUCAGACUCUGAGUCAUGGACUUCCCACACUGUCAAAAAAUUUACUGCAUCAUUUGAAGCAUCGCUUUCAGGGGAAAGAGAACUCAAAACCCCAAAAAUUUCUCUGAAGGAAACAAUUGGGAAAUAUUCAGAUGAUCAUGAAAUGCGAAAUGAAGUUUAUCAUAGGAAAAUCAUCUCUUGGUUUGGUGAUUCCCCCUUGGCUCUUUUCGGCUUACAUCAACUAAUAGAAUAUGGAAAGAAGUCUGGGAAAAAAGCAGGAGAUUGGUAUGGACCAGCUGUGGUUGCUCACAUUUUAAGAAAAGCAGUUGAAGAAGCAAGACACCCUGAUUUACAAGGAAUAACUAUUUAUGUUGCACAAGAUUGUACAGUUUACAAUUGUGAUGUAAUUGAUAAACAGAGUGCUUCCAUGACUUCUGAUAAUGCAGAUGACAAAGCUGUUAUUAUUCUAGUUCCUGUUAGACUUGGUGGAGAAAGAACCAACACCGACUACUUAGAAUUUGUGAAGGGUAUUUUAAGCCUGGAAUAUUGUGUGGGUAUUAUUGGUGGCAAACCUAAACAGUCAUAUUACUUUGCUGGAUUUCAAGAUGACAGUUUGAUUUACAUGGAUCCUCAUUACUGCCAAUCUUUUGUAGAUGUCAGCAUAAAGGAUUUCCCUCUUGAGACAUUCCACUGCCCUUCUCCCAAAAAGAUGUCGUUUCGAAAAAUGGAUCCCAGCUGUACAAUAGGAUUUUACUGUCGAAAUGUUCAGGACUUCGAACGAGCUUCUGAAGAAAUCACCAAGAUGCUGAAAUUUUCUUCUAAGGAGAAAUAUCCCUUAUUUACUUUUGUAAAUGGUCAUUCCAGAGACUAUGAUUUUACAUCUACUACAACCAAUGAAGAAGACCUUUUUUCAGAGGAUGAAAAGAAACGAUUAAAAAGAUUUAGCAUGGAAGAGUUUGUCUUGCUUUAAAGAUUAGCACAUUUGUGCUUGAUGAGAAGAAUUCCAUUGAAAGGGGAAAAUGAAGAGAAACAAGUAUAUUCGAAACAUUUAUUUUCACAAAUAUCUUAAUUUUUUAUGUUCUUUAAGAAAAAGAACAUUUGAAAAUAUAAAAGUUUAAAGAUAUUUUUCUAAAAGAGGAAUGAUUUAAUGAAUCUUGCUUUCUAAUAAAUAAAUUGAGUGAUUCUGGUUGCAUUCCUAUUUCCCUAAGAUCUACUAGUGAUAAUUCUACCUUAACUGUAAGCCUUUUAGUCUUCAAAGUCUUCCACCUGAGCCCAUUGUUCUCAUGGAGGUUUUGUGAUAUUAACCCUCCCCCAAAGACUGGGAUCACCAAAUAGUUUCAAAAUUCUCAAUUUGUACUAAUGACCAGAAGAUCAGAGAAGGAAACUUUAAUGCUAUCUAGCCUACUGCUAUUAAUGCAAUCAAAGAAUGCUUUUGCAUAUGUCUUGAUAAUUAAAUAGUAUUUGUUAACUGUGAUAUGCAUACACUUAUAUAAGCAGAAUUAUGAGUUAAAGUAAUAUUUUGCAAUAUGAUUUUUAUAAUGGCUCCUCAUUAUGCUUGCUGUUGAACCUUUUAUGAGGAGUGAAUAUAAAGUAUUGGUUUUCCCUCACAAAUUUAAAGGUUAUGUUAUUAAUACUAUUAUAACUGCAUCCAAUCAAAUCAGAUAAAGGCAACUAUAAAAUAGUAGUAGUGUUUGUUUCCUACCCCAAGGGCAAAAUUUUAUGGGAACUCAAUUUAUUAUGCAGUUUUCAAAUCUAAAGUACCACAAGAAAGAUGUCACUAGGUUCUCUUCUAUGUGAUUUUUGUUUUUUAUAUAAAGCAGUGUAGUGGUGUUUAGAAGCUGAGGCCACCUAUAAGGCAAAUCUGCCUUAAGUGUAUUAUUUGUUACUUAAAGGCAAAUUUGUGAUCUAAAAGUACAAGAGUGAUUAUUGAGCUAGGAUUAUAAAAUACAUAAUAAAGAUGUGAGAAGAUAAAAUGCUUUUGUUUUGGUUUUAAUGUUGGGAUUAUUUUAAUCCUUUCAUUUGAAAAAUCGGUGUCUCAAAUGAAUCCUGUUCAUUUAUAAUAAAUGCAUAUAUUGCUUUGAAAACAAUA